AAAUCAGACAUGGAUCCAAAUGCACAAUUAAACUUAAUUUUACUUGGGAAAACAAAAGUUGGGAAGAGUGCAUCAGGAAACACAAUACUGGGACGACAAGCUUUCGUGUCAAAGAAAAGCUCCACUUCUGUCACUCGAGAUGUUGCUGUUCAAUCUGGAACUGUUAAUGAGUUUCCAGUCACUCUUUAUGACACACCAGGAUUAUUCAACACACACAUGAGAGAAGAGGAGAUUCAGCAGAUGAUAAAUGUAAAGGUUCUUCAGAGAUGUGAAUCAGGUCCCUGUGUGUUUCUGCUGGUCAUUAAAGCUGACAGAUUCACUGAUAAAGAGAGAAAAACUGUGGAGAAGAUUGAGGAGCUGUUAGGAGAAGAGCGCUUGAAGAAAACCUGGAUUCUCUUCACCAGAGGAGACGAACUGGAGGAAAAAAAGAUGACAAUAAAAGAGUUCAUCAAUGACACUGAACCACUGAAGAACCUCGUUCAGAAAUAUGAUCAGAGAUAUCAUGUGUUCAACAACAAGAAGAGACACUCUGACCAGGCUAGAUUACUACUUGCAACAAUUUUCCAGAGAUCUUUGGAUGAAGAGUGUUCAUCAAUGUAUUUCACCAUGGCUCUUAUCGCCAUAUUCUUCCUAAAGAACUAUGAAGGGAGGCAGAUUCCUGACCACAAAGAAAAGGCUAAACCAGACACUUCAGUCUCCAGUCUCUCAUCCAGACGGAUUGUUCUUCUGGGUAAAACUGGUUUUGGGAAGAGUGCAGCUGGAAACACAAUACUGGGACAGAGAGAGUUUAUAUCUGUGAGGAGAAUGAAUUCAGUAACUAGUGAAUGUUCAGUUGCUCACGCCACUGUUUCAGGCAGAUCUGUGUCUGUAGUUGAUACUCCUGGAUUAUUCGACACAAAGAUGAAGCCUGAAGAGUUAAUGAGAGAGAUAGCGAGAAGUGUUUAUAUAUCCAGUCCUGGACCGCACGCUGUUCUCAUUGUUCUCAGAGUAAUUGACAGAUUCACUGAACAUGAACAGCAGAUUCCUCAGCAGAUUAAGAUGAUGUUUGGAGAAGAAGUGUUAAAAUACUCCAUCAUUCUCUUCACUUAUGGAGAUCAGCUAGAAGAUGGAGAGACCGUAGAGAAACUCAUUAAGGAGAACAGUAUAUUAAGAGAUGUAGUUCAGCGGUGUGGAGGCAGAUUUCACCUCUUCAACAAUAGAGAUAUGAAUAACAGAGAUCAGGUGAAUGAUCUACUGAAGAAGAUUGACACAAUGAUAGAGCAGAAUGGAGGAGGACACUACAGUAAUCAGAUCUAUGAAGAUGCUCUGAGAUUCAGACGAGUGGAAGAAGAGAGGAGACAGAGAGAAGAGCAGGAGAAACAAAGACAAGAGAAGAUUGAGAGAGUGAGAAUGGAGACAGAGAUAAAAGCUGAGAGAUAUGGACUGGAAAGACCUGAAGCAGAGAUACAGAGAGAGGAAGAUACAAGGGAAAACCCUGAAUUUGAACAGUUUCUUAGAAACCAUCAGACUCGGUGGCUUAUGUCAGCUUUUGCAGUUGGUCAUGCGGUUGCUAGUGCUGCUGCUGCUGGUGCUGCUACUGGUGCUGCUACUGCUGCAUGUGUUGGUGGAGCUCUUGGACUUAUUGCUGGCCCUGUUGGUGCUGCUGUUGGUGCCUCUGUUGGUGCCACUAUUGGUGCCACUGUUGGUGCCACUGUUGGUGCCGCUGUCGCUUUUCAUCUAGGAGACCCAAACCCCUGA